AUGAGGUGCUACGCGACUGCGUUGGUUCUCGCCGCGGUCGCGACUGUCACCCAAGCCGGUGUCCACAUCAUCGCGGAGCGCGAGAUCGUGUACGGCAGGCUGCUCGGCUCCGGCGGCUUUGCUGACGUUUACAAGGCCACGUGGAUCAAGGACCGCGGCAGCUACGGCCUAACAGCGAGCGGCGGCGGAGCCGGCAGCGGAGGCAGCGGCAGCCGCUGUAGCUGCGCCGGCGGCGCUGCAAACGGAGGCGGCAGCGGAGGCGGCAGCGGCAGUGGGAGCAAUGCAGGUGGCAGCGGGUGUGGGGCCGGCGCGCCGCGAGAACAGCCGCAGUUGCAGCAGUCGCAGUCGUCCUCCGGGGAGCCGGCAAGCGACAGCAGCGGCGGCGCCUGCGCCGGGGAGGGGCCGGUCCUGCCCCAGGUCCGGCUGGCGGUUGCCGUCAAGCAGCUGCACGCGGCGCCGCAAGACACGCGAGCCAUGCGGUCGUUUUGCCAGGAGGUUGGGCUGAUGGGCCGGCUCUCGCACCCAAAUUUGGUGAGGCUAUACGGCGCCACCGUCUCGCCCGACGGCUCCCUCGGCAUUGUCACCGAGCUCCUCCCUCGCGCGUCGGUCUUUGCACUCUUGCACCCGAGGGGCGCGCGCGGUGCCGCCGGCGACACCCCGCCCCCCCUCCCCUUGGUAUGGCGGCUGCUGCGGGGCUGCGCGCGUGGGAUGGCGUACCUCCACUCCCUCAACCCGCCCAUCAUCCACCGGGACCUGAAGUCGCAGAACCUUCUGCUCGCCGAGGACUACACCUUGAAG